UCAAACUUCACUGCACACACCAACAUAGGGGCAGUCAGGAUGAAGCUGAUGUUGGUUGCUGCUGCUGUUCUGGCCGUGGCCAGCUGUGCCAGUGUCUCCCUGGAAGACCUGGAGUUCCAUGCCUGGAAACUCAAGUUUGGAAGGUCCUACAACUCUCCAUCAGAGGAGGCUCGCCACAGGCAAGUCUGGCUCAGCAACCGCAGACUGGUGCUAGUACACAAUAUCAUGGCCGAUCAGGGCAUCAAGUCCUACCGCCUUGGUAUGACCUACUUUGCUGACAUGGAAAAUGAGGAGUACAAACGCCUGAUUUCCCAGGGCUGCCUGGGCUCCUUCAACACAUCUAUGCCUCGCCGGGGCUCUGCCUUCCUCCAGCUGCCUGAGGGCACUGAUCUGCCGACCACUGUUGACUGGAGGGACAAGGGCUACGUCACUGAUGUCAAGGAUCAGAAGGAGUGUGGGUCCUGCUGGGCCUUCAGCACAACCGGCUCGCUGGAGGGUCAGAACUUCAGGAAGACAGGGAAGCUGGUGUCCCUGAGUGAGCAGCAGCUGGUUGACUGCUCUGGUGACUACGGCAACAUGGGCUGCAUGGGAGGCUUGAUGGACAACGCCUUCCAAUAUAUCCAAGCCAACGGAGGUAUUGACACAGAGGAGUCCUACCCUUAUGAGGGAGAGGAUGGACAGUGCAGUUACAACCCUGCCACUAUUGGUGCCACAUGCACAGGCUACGUUGAUAUAAAACAAGGUGAUGAAGAUGCCCUGAUGGAGGCUGUGGCCACCAUUGGACCUGUGUCUGUGGGCAUUGAUGCCUCUCAUGUGUCCUUCCAACUCUAUGAAUCAGGAGUGUAUGAUGAGCCAGAGUGCAGCAGCUCCGAGCUGGACCAUGGUGUACUGGCCGUGGGUUACAGCAGUGAGAACGGAAAAGAUUACUGGCUGAUCAAGAACAGCUGGGGUCUACAAUGGGGGGACAAGGGAUACAUCAUGAUGACCAGGAACAAACACAACCAGUGUGGCAUUGCUACUGCAGCCAGCUACCCCCUGGUGUGA